GGUUGACUUUGUACUUUUCCUCCCAGCGCUUGAGAGCUUCCUUGAUUGUGGUCGCCUUUGCCAUUUUGUUUGCUCAGUCGCCUUGACAGCAUGACGAGCAUCGCCAAAGCCCUGAGUCUGUGGGAGGAGGAAAAUGACACCGCGGCGGAGGAGGGCAGAGAAAUUGGGCUGCAGUUCCAGUGGCCGCCAAUUCAGCAGAUGGAUGACAAUUUGUCGAAGUUGGUGUCGUGUGAAAUGCUCUCUCUGUCCACGAAUUGCAUUGAAAAGGUCGCUGGGCUUCAGGGUAUGAAGAAUUUGAGGAUUCUCUCGCUGGGGAGGAACAACAUUUCGUCUCUGGCUGGAUUGGAGGUUGUUGCGGAGACACUGGAAGAGCUCUGGAUGAGCUACAAUAGUCUGCAGCAGCUCACUGGGCUAGAGUUGCUGGUCAAGCUUAGAGUCUUUCAUGUGGCCAAUAAUCUCAUCAGAAAUUGGAGUGAAGUGGACAAAAUUGCCAACCAUAAGAACUUAGAGGAGCUCGUCUUCGCCGGGAAUCCUCUGGUGGAAGAUAUCGAGGAGGAGGAGGAGUACUUCGAGAUGAUGAAGAAACGUCUGCCGAACAUCAAGAAACUCGAUGGAGAGCCAAUUGUUCGGCUGGAGGAAAUUUAGGAAGUGAAAAAUACACGCUAAUAUUUUCUUCUCACAUUUCUUACUUCGUCAUGAUCAUGUCGUUUAACACUGGGAAUACUUAAGCUACACUGAUAAAAUCCUCUACAAUGCCUAACAAUAAAUCUACGUGGUCGCAUAAAUGUUAGCUUUACUCCAUACUUAAAUUCCUCUUUAUCACAGACUAAUGUAACAUUAAUGUGUUUUUCCACUAAAUAGAAUCAUUCACACAUGCAGAGCUGGAACAUGGCUAGAUAAGAGAUAUACUUCUGCUCUAGUUGCUGCUAAAUUUAGACAUUUUCAAAACUUGUGACGUGUAGUGAAUAGAGUGCUUGAAAUUAUCUGUGUCUUCCUCCUGGAUUUCUUCCUCCCAACUCUGCAUUAAAACAUUACAAACUAAUGUGAUUACUGGAUACUCAGUGAGGAGAUAUUUAUGGUUUCUCAAGUAGUUCUUUAAAUUAAUUAGCAAUUAGACGGGGGAAAAGGGGGGGAGGG